AUCUUUCAUUUGAUGAAAAAGAAGUCGAUAUAGGAAUGGAUAAUAAUAUGUCAUUAAAUAGAAUUCACGUCACUCCACAAUUAAAUUUAAUAAUUAAAAAUUUUAAUUAUAACGAUUCUGGAAUUUAUCGUUGUCAUGGUAAACAAGGCGAAGAAAUAGACGAAAAAUUUAAUUAUAAAUUAGAAGCGGUUUAUGAAGAUAUAUCAACUGAAAGUUUGCCAAGAGGAAAUUUAUCAGAUUGGCAAAAAUAUCAAGAAACUUAUUUGAUUCCAAUUACAAUACGUUUUACAGUUUCAAAAAUGAAAGAAAUAUCCUUAAUAAGAAAAGCAGGUAUUACAUUAGAAUUAAUAUCAGAAUGGGGACCUUGGAGUCCUUGUGAGAAUUGUAAAUUUGGAAUAGGAUAUAAAAUUAGCAAAGGCUUUUGUAGAAUAAAAUCAACAAUUAAUAAAACCAUUGAAAAGGAUUCAAAUGAAAGUUUAAUUUUAUUUUUUCGAUCAUCUCCAUUAUUGCCUUGCAGAUCAAUUGCAUUAAAUAAUUAUCCAGGUAUUAGUAGUGCAACGAGAUAUUUACCUGAAUUUAUUUUAGAGAAAAAAUGUAAGAAAUGUAAAAAAAUUAAACGAAUUAAAUUUCAUAAAUUUAAAUACAAGAAAAAAUAUGUUUUGACGGAAGGAGCUCAUUUAUCAAUAUCCUGUCCUGAAUCAACAUUAGAAUCGCAAGUAAUUUGGAGAAAAGAUGCUUUUCUUUUAGAUAAAGGAAAAGGACAUUCUUUUCGCAAAAAGGAUCCAGAACCACGAGUUUUUAUUGAUACUUUCUCUACCCUUUAUCUCAAAGAUGUUUCACAAGAGGAAGAAGGAAAUUAUACUUGUUAUGUUAAUAAUAUCAAAAUGAUGCAAUUAAAAAUUAUUGUCGCACUUACUUCAAAUCUUUUAACUCAGGUUUUUCUUCGUCAUUUAUUAUAUUUGGGAUUUAUUUUAAUUCUCUCAUCGUUCUGCUAUUGUUCUGGAUUAGUUGCCGUUUUUCGACGACGAGAUAAAUUUGAAAUUCAAAAUUACGAGGAAAUUAAAGCUCGAAUACAGGACAGAAAACCAUUUUUUGAGGAGGAAAUUGAAUAAUUCUUUUUUUAUAUUUAAAAAGUUUUUUUUUAAAAAAAGUAAGUUACUAACUGUAACAUUUGAAAUUAUUAAAUUUU